UCUGAAUAUGAGUGCGUGGGUCUUUAGAAACCAGCUUGCAUGUGAGGAAGAGCGCACGGGAGAUCAUAGGUAUAUUUACACUUUACCACUUACUUAAAGCUCCGACAUUUCCAAAAGUCAAAAACUGGAAUAGACCAGGCAUAAUAGGAUCAUUAUACAAAAUGAAAUUCUUCUGUGCUCUCUGGCUUUGGAUGUUUCUGUCAGAAUUUAAUUCAUCUACUGGCGAAAUUUCUAGACAAGGACACAGUGAAGGAAGCAUAACAAUCAUAUGUUCCCACGGCUGGGCUUCAACCAAUAUAAAGUAUUUCUGCAGAGAUCCAUGUGAAGACAAAGAUAUUUUAGUGAAAUCUGGCCAGUCACCUACAGGAAGAUACAGACUGAAGGAUUCAGGAAACACCUUCACUGUGAACAUCACUGAUCUACAGGAGUCAGACUCUGGGAUUUACUGGUGUGGAGUGGAGAGAUUUGGUUUAGACUCAUUUACGAAAGUCAAACUGACAGUAUCUAAAAGUUUUGUCAAAGCAUCUGGUCCAGCUGGUGAAAAAGCAGGUGCUGAACACAGAAACUCAUCCUCACCUGCAGAUAUAUUCCCAGUGCCUUUACACUAUAUUCUUUACGCUGCUGCUGGUUUGGCCAUCAUGGUGAUCAUAUGUGCAAUUGGACUAAUGACUGUUUGUCUGUGCAGAACAAGAGUCAAGAAAUCAAGAUGCGUUAUUGCAAGAUCUAUUUACAAUCCCCAUCACAGCGAGGAGGAUAAUGCUGUUUAUCAGAACGCUCCUGAUGACAAACAAUACGCCACCAUUAAUAAAUCCAGGACCAAGAAUAAGGACAAGAGCCAGUCGGACCCAAUCUAUCAGAACUUACACUUCAACACUACACAAGAUGAAACUAUCUAUGGCAAUCUAUAGGAAAUAUACAGUCUACUAUCCUCAAUCGCAAAUACAUGUUCUGUAUGACAAGCAUUGAACCAUUUGUCCGGACAUCAACACCAUUUCUGAAUAUAUGGCAAAAAUCAAAUGUACAGGACAGGAUUCAAAAACAUGGCACUUGGUGAUAUAAUCACACCAUUAUUUGUGUAAAUAAAUAUCCAGUUUGCAUGUAAAGUUUGCUUGUGAAACAACAAUGAAGGGUUGACAUACUAAUGGGUUGUUUCAUAUUAAAUGGACAAAUGUGUGUAGAGCUAUUAAAUUACUUAGCAAAUACAACUAACUGUUCCUUUAAUGAAUCCUUAGCCUGCAGAUAGUGUAAAAACUGAAUAUGAGUAUGUGAAAACACUGAAAUGUAAACCUAGUCUUCAUCAAU